AUGAACGGUUCGAGUUACACUUUACGCAUUGAUGUUAUUGAAGGUAGUAAAUUGGCUCCGAAAGAUAGAAAUGGACUUUCUGAUCCCUAUAUUGAUAUUCAGAUAGGAGAACACACCUAUACCACGCAGGUCAUUGAUAAAAACCUUAACCCUCGUUGGGAUGCUUCAUUUGAUCAUAAAUUCAAUGCAUCUGAACCCCCCAAGGAAAUCCGUUUUACCUGCUGGGACAAGGAUUUUGUCGGUCGCGAUUAUAUGGGAGAGAUUCGUUUUGAUUUGUUGGACAUUUGGAAGAAAAAUAGCAUCGGUUAUUCUGAUGAAACCAAUAAACCUCAAUGGUACCCGUUAAUUUCACUUAAAAAAAAAGAAAAGGUUUCGGGUCAAAUCUUGAUCAAAAUUGGGCUUGUUGAAGACAAAGGAGAAAAAUUGAGCCUUUCAGAAUGGAGUUUUAUUGAAAUCGUAUGUGCAAAAGACCUUCCUGCGGAAAGAAAUGUGACCGGCUUGGGAUUUGACAUGGAUCCAUUCGUCGUUGUUUCAUUUGCCAGGAAUACAUUCCGUACAAAAAUUAUCAAUCACAACUUAAAUCCUGAAUGGAACGAAAAGUUUCAUUUUCCCAUAAAGAAAAACGAAUCCAAAUAUUUAAUCAAAUUUACCAUUUAUGAUUGGGACAAAUUCAGCGGGAAUGAUCUUGUUGCUUCUCAAUCCUUUCCGAUAGAAGAGUUGAUGGGUGACCACUUUAAAGCUACCAAAGAAACUGAAGAAGAUUUCGUAGAGAAAGAGCUUCCUCUUAAAGUCCUUUCCAGAGAAAAGUUUAAUAAAGAAUAUAAGCCAACGCUCAUGAUAAAACUGAAAUUUAUGUCGUAUGAACAACUAAGAUCUAAAUUUUGGAUGGCAUUGGCAAAGAUUUAUGACUCGGAUGACAAUGGAGUGUUGGAUUAUGUUGAAAUUGAGACCAUGUUGAAUAGUCUGGGUUCUUCACUCACCAAUGAUACGUUGUCGACAUUCUUUACCCGUUUUGCAAAAGAUCCGCUUAGAGAUGGAUUAGAAUUUGUAGAGUUGGUUUCAUGUUUGGAGAAACAAUUGGAAAUUUCUCAGAAGAGUGCCACCGAUGACGGUGAAGAAGCCGAUAAUGAACAUGUCAUAUAUAUUAAAGAAUGCCCGAUCUGUCAUAAGCCAGAUCUUUCUAAACUCAACGAAUCUGACAUUAUUACUCACGUUGCAAUCUGUGCUAGUGAUGAUUGGGGAAAAGUUGACUCGUUUGUGACAGGAGACUUUGUGACCGAAUCUCAAGCACAGAGGAAAUGGGUGACUAAGAUUAUCUCAAAAGUUGGAUUCGGCGGUUACGAGAUUGGAAUCGAUAGUGCAAACAUCAUUGUACAAGACCGCACAACGGGACAUGUGGUUGAAGAAAAGAUGGCGACCUAUGUCCGUCUGGGAAUUCGUCUUUUAUACAGAGGCAAAGGUGCUAGCAUUGAUUCAAAAAGAACCCAGAAUGUCUUGCGUAGUCUCACUCUUAAGCAAGGCAAAAAAUACGAUAAGCCAUCGUCCACUAAAGACAUAGCUCCAUUCAUUAAAUUCCACAACUUGAACGUAGACGAGGUUCUGGAACCACAGGAUUCUUUCAAAAAUUUCAAUGAAUUCUUCUAUCGUAAAUUGAAGCCAGGUGCGAGACCAUGUGAUUCUCCCGAUGAUCCGCACGUUCUGGUCAGUCCGGCAGAUUGUCGGAUGAUGGCUUUUCCAACUAUUGACAAGGCAACAGAAUUAUGGAUCAAAGGACAAAGCUUCUCUCUUGCUAAAUUGAUUAAUGAUGAAAACGUUGCAAAGGAGUUUGAAGGUGGUUCUUUGGGUAUUUUUAGGUUGGCGCCACAGGACUAUCACAGAUUUCAUUUUCCGGUAGAAGGAGAAUUAAGCGAGCCUACUCAAAUCCCGGGAUCUUACUACACUGUGAAUCCGAUAGCCAUUCGUUCCGAACUUGAUGUGUACGGUGAGAACAAGCGUGCCGUUUCUUAUAUUAAUUCUCCUCAGUUUGGUAAAGUUGCAUUUGUGGCAAUUGGUGCCAUGAUGGAUAGAGGUGAUUCAUACUUUUCUCUCUUUAGUACCCCGUCCACUCACGUGAAGAGAACCGAAGAACAUGGUUAUUUCGCUUUUGGUGGUAGCACGGUCGUCCUUCUUUUCCAGAAGGGAACGAUGUUUUGGGAUGAAGAUAUUUUGGAGAAUUCUGGGUCGCGUUUGGAAACCUUGGUUCGCGUCGGUAUGCAAGUCGGAAAAUCAGCAUACCAUCAUUAA